AUGAACCCCACGGGUAUAGCAGACACCACCCUGGAUGAAAGCAUCUAUAACAAUUAUUAUCUUCAUGAAAGCAUCCCCGAACCUUGCACCAAGGAAGGUAUCAAGGCAUUUGGGGAGCUCUUCCUGCCCCCCCUCUACUCCUUGGUCUUUCUGUUUGGUCUGCUUGGAAAUUCUGUGGUGGUUCUGGUCCUGUUCAAGUACAAGCGGCUCAAGUCCAUGACCGACGUGUACCUGCUCAACCUUGCCAUCUCGGACCUGCUCUUUGUGCUCUCGCUCCCUUUCUGGGGCUACUAUGCCGCAGACCAGUGGGUGUUCGGGCUCGGCCUCUGCAAGCUAGUUUCCUGGAUGUACCCGGUGGGCUUCUACAGUGGCAUAUUCUUCAUCACACUCAUGAGCAUUGACAGGUACCUGGCCAUUGUGCACGCGGUCUUCUCCCUGAGAGCGAGGACCUUGACUUACGGGGUCAUCACCAGCGUGGCCACGUGGGCAGUGGCUGUGCUCGCCUCCCUCCCAGGCCUUGUGUUCAGCACGUGUUAUACUGAGCACAACCACACCUACUGCAAAACCAAGUAUUCUUUCAACUCCACGAGGUGGAAGGUUCUGAGCUCCCUGGAAAUCAACGUUCUAGGGCUGGUGAUCCCCUUGGGGAUCAUGCUGUUCUGCUACUCCAUGAUCAUUAGGACCUUGCAGCAUUGCAAAAAUGAGAAGAAGAACAAGGCAGUGAAGAUGAUCUUUGCUGUGGUGGUCCUCUUCCUGGGGUUCUGGACCCCUUACAACGUGGUGCUCUUCCUGAACACCCUGGUGGAGCUGGAGGUCCUUCAAGACUGCACCUUUGAGAGGCACCUGGACUAUGCCAUUCAGGCCACAGAGACCUUGGCUUUUGUUCACUGCUGCCUUAAUCCGGUCAUCUACUUUUUCCUGGGGCAGAAAUUUCGCAAGUACAUCGUACAGCUCUUCAAAACCUGCCGGGGCACUUUGGUGCUCUGCCAGUACUGUAGGUUCCUCCCAAUUUACCCCGACACCCCCAGCUCAUCUUACACACAGUCCACGGUGGACCACGAUCUCCACGAUGCUCUGUAAAAGAUGAAAAUGCGAAAAGCAGAGUUAAUAAGCUUCUCAAAUUAAGAGCUUAUUUAAAAUUGUAUUGUAUUAAGAGUUUCCUGAACAAG